AUGUUUUUCCUUCUUUCUUUUUUUUUUAUUUUUCUCUUCUUCUAUCUUACUCUCUUUCAUUUUUUAAUUUUCGUUGUCUUCCUUUUUUUUCUUUGUCUUGUUUACGGUGAAUUCAUUUUCUUUCUUUUUGUAUUGUUUGUUUCUUUUUUCCUUUCGUGUUUAACUCAUACGAUUCUUUUCCUCUUCCAUUUAAUUCUUUUUUUUUUUUGCUUCUCCUUUCUUUUAUUUUAUGAUUUUUUUUUUUCUGUUUCCUUUAUUAGCCAAUUUUUUCCUUCAUUAUUCCAGAUUUUUCUUUAUUUUUUAUGUUCUGCGUUCUUUAUUUUAAGUCGCAUUCUAUUUCUUUUUUUCUUUCUUUUUAUUUCUUUCGUUCUUUUUCUUUUCUUUUUUUCUUUGUUUCAUCUUCUUUCAUUCCUUUUAUUGUUUUGUUCUUAUCUUUAUUUCCCUUUUCUUUUUCUUUCUUUUGUAUUUUUCUGUUUCAUUCUUUUUCCUUUUUUUCUUUCUUUAUUUUCCUUUACAUCAUUUGAUGAUUUUCUUUACUACUUUCCUUUAUUCUCCUUUUUUUUAUUCCAUAUUUGUCACUUCUUUUUUAUAUUGUCCAUUCUUUGCUUUUUCUUUACGUAUUACGCUCUAUUUCAUUCUUUUCUUCUUCCUUUCUAUCGUUUUUCUUUUAUUUUUCUUUGUCUUUUUCUGCUUUCAUUCUUUCCUCUAUCUUUCUUUAUUUCAUUCAUUAUACUUUUUUCAUUCUUUUGUAUAUUAUUUCUCAUUCGUUUUCUUUUUCUUUCUCUCUCUCUCUCUCUCUCUCUCUCUCUUUCGUUCUUUUUCAUUAAUUCAGUUUAUGGUGUCCUUCCCAACAUUUUUUUCUUUUUUGCUGAUUUUCCUUGCCCACUCACUAUUAUGGUAUAUUUCUUCUUUUUCUUUUCUUCUUUCUUUAUAUUUAUAUUUCUUUUUUUUUAUUUCUUUUAUCUUUUCUUUUCUUCUUUGAUUUUUCUUGUUUCUCCAUUUUUCUUUCCUUAA